CGAGACUAGCUAAGCUAGGUAGCAAUCACGAUGAGCUUCGCGGUGAGCAAGUCCCCGCCGGUGAUGGUCCGGCCUUCGACAGAGCCGGUGCUGAUGCCCGGGAAGACGGCGGCGGCGACGCAAGUGGUGCAACUCUCGUCGUGGGACAUGGCCUACGUGGACUUCCAGGUCACGGUGCUCCUCGUUUUCGACGGCUCGGUUCACCAGCCCGUGGAGGCCAUCAAGAAGGGCCUCUCCCGGGCGCUCGCCCACUACCACACCAUCGCCGGCCGCCUCGCCGGCGCCGACGAAGAAGACGGCGUGCUCCUGCACGUCGCGUGCACCGGCGAGGGUGUGCCGUUCGUGGCCGCGGCGGCGGGAUGUACCUUGCAUGAUCACGGGCUCUUGCACGCGCCCUUCACGACCAGCCUCCUGGACGAUCUAGCCGUUUACUACCCGGCCCCUGAGGGCUGCCGGAGCACGGACCCGAUGCUGCUGAUGCAGGUCACUGAGUUCGCCUGCGGCGGGUUCACCGUGGGGGUGACGUGGAACCACACGCUAGCCGACGCCACCGGGAUGGCGCAGUUCCUGCAGGCCGUGGGCGAGCUCACCCGCGCUGAAGCUGAUGCAUCGUCGGUGCCGUCCGUCACGCCGGUGAGGGACGGCCGCGCGGUGUCCCUUCCUCUGCUCUCGCCGUCCGUGGUUGCCGCGAAGCAGUGGCUGAUGCUGGACCUCGGAGGCCAGAGCCUCGUUUACCUAGACAUCAUCGUCCCGCUCAAGCUCAUCGACCGCAUCAAGUCCGACUACAAGCCCGGGUACUGCACGACGUUCGAGGCCACGGCCGCCGUGCUGUGGCGGUGCCGCACACGCGCGAUCAUCGGCGACGACCCCGACGGCUAUGACAUGUCCACGCCGGCGCCGCUGGCCUUCACCGUGAACGUGCGCAAGCACGUGGGCGUGGCGGCAGGGUACUAUGGAAACUGCGCGGUCGCGCAGCUGGCGUUCGCGACGACAGGAGAGGUGGCCGGCGCCGGCGCCGGGGACGACGGCAUGAACGGCUUGGUGGAUCUGAUCAAGCGCGCCAAGGACGGGGUCCCGGAGCUGUUGACAGACAUGAGAGCCGGCGGCGGCGGCGCGGUGGACGGGAUGGGGGAGGAGGAGAUAGCAGCGGCGUUCGGGUACAACGCGGUGAUGGUGACGAGCUGGCGGAACAUCAGGUUCUACGACGCCGACUUUGGCGGCGGCGCCCCGGCGAGGGUGGUGGCGCGUUGGCAGCAGUCGACGCUGCCGUGCAUGGCGUUAGUGUCCUGCAGGGCAGCCACGGCGGCCGACGGCGAGAGGCUGCUGACGCAGUGCGUCAGGGCGGAGCACGCCGCCGCGUUGCUCACCGAGCUCGCACAUGCAUCGUGCGCCUGAGUAACUAUGAACUGAUGGCACGUACGUAUACGUAUGUUUGGUGUGGCACGUACGUGUAAGUAUCCUGCGGCUGAGUACCAUUUGUCUUUUUUAUUUAGGGAGUACCUAAAAAUCAUCUAGAUGAGAUAUAAUUUGUUCUCAUUCACUUUGAAAACAAGAACAGAUACAACCCA